GAAGAGCGGCGCAUUCUGGGAGCUGUAUUUCUCCCUACGUUCCGGCCCAGGGAAAGCCGCUCUCAGCGAACUCCAAAUCCCAGGAGGCACCGCUCCCAACGGCCCGAUCGUCCCCUAGGAAGGAAACUACAGCUCCCAGAGUUCCUCGCUGCGCAGCCUCCGGUACAGGGCGCGAGCGGGGACAAAUUCAGCUUCAUUCCCCUCUCUCUGCCUAGGGGCGUGCUGAGGAUGGAGGACAAGCCCUACAGCAGCCUCAAGCCCUCUCUGGACAGGCUCACCCUGGGGGUCAUCCGGAUAUUAGAAACUUCUCCAGGAGUCAAUGAGGUGACAUUUGUGGAAAAGGAGCCAGCUGAACGUCACUCUAUUGUUUCCUGGGAGCAGAAAAACUCCUGCGUAUUGCCAGAGGAUUUAAAGAAUUUCUACCUAAUGAGCGAUGGCUUCCACAUGACCUGGAGUGUUAAGUUUGAUGAUAACCCCAUGCCACUGGGCUCCAUGGUGAUUAACAGCAUCUCUAAGCUAAGUCGCCUUGGCGGAUCAUCGGCGUACGCUCUACCCAAUGCACCAACCCUCGCUGACCUAGAAGAUGAUAUGGAUGAGGAAGGUAAUGAAGACCAGCCAGAAAAGCCUCACUUUGACUCUCGUAGCCUGAUAUUUGAAUUAGACCCAUGCAAUGGGAACGGGAAAGUUUGCCUUGUUUAUAAGCACACCAAACCAGUUGUCACCCCAGACACUGAGAUAUGGUUUCUGGACAGAGCUCUGUACUGGCAUUUCCUCACCGACACCUUCACUGCCUACUACCGACUGCUGAUCACCCACCUGGGUCUCCCGCAAUGGCAGUAUGCCUUUACGAGCUACGGUGUCAGCCCCCAGGCUAAGUAUUAUGCUGUGCACUGGGCUGAGGAUGGUUUGAGGCAGGGUUUUCCCAUUAACCCCUGCAGUCCUUUCCCUGGCUUCAGGAGCCAGCUGGCUGGAGUAGAAAAAGCAAUAGAAGACAGGAAUGUGAAUUGCAAAGUGAAACUUCCUGGUGGCAACCAGAUAAUGCUGAUGGUGAUCCAGAGUUAUCAAAUCAGUUAGAAAGAAGUGAACACAAGGUCUGAGUGAAAGUUUGCACAACUGAACCUGCACUGUUAGAAGAACAUUGGAGGCUUUUUAUUUCACAAGAGGCCCAGCAAUUCUAGCUCCAUUUGUUUGGCAAGUUAAAUUCCAAGGCAACUUCUCUGAAUCCAAUAAAUUAAGCCUGGUUCCCCUCUCUCUGACAUUGGUAUAAACCAGGGGUAACUCCCUAAUGUCUGCCGAGUUACACCUAUGGAAAACUAGGAGAAUCAGGUUUCACUUCUGGCCUUUAUCUGCACCACGGGCUGAUCCAGACAUCCCGGUACCUUGGCAAGGUUAUAUCCCAAUCCUCAUUCUGCAACUACGAACCAUCUCUACUAUAAAGCUCUUUGCACAAAACUCUGUGAGCUGACCCAGGUUCCUGACAGCAGGAGCUUGGCAUAUGUUUAAAAUGUUCCAAAGUUGAUUCUUGCGGUUUCCCUCCAAGUCUCUAAUGUGUGGUUUUCCCCCCUCCCUCCAUGUCAUCCUUCCCUGUAAUCUGCUUU